CCCUUGUCUUAAACCAUGACUGGUUUUGCACAGCAGUCGGUGGUGGAAAAGGCUCUGCCGUCUUGAACUUGAAAAGCAGCUGGAAUUCUCGUCCGGCCACCUGGAUGCAUUGGUGCUUUGGGCAAGGGACCUUCUGAGCCAGGGGUAGUUGGGUGGCACAGGCUGAGUUACUGACCACAUUGACAGAACUGUUUUCUGGACCUCCUUAGGAUUCUGCACAACUACUAGAAACAAAGAUGAUCAGUUCUUUUACUAAACAGAGAGGUAAACUGAGGCUCAGAGCUGAGUGAUUGGCCAAGGUCACACUGGGAGGGAGAGGCAGAACCUGCUUGGCACAUGGGUCCGUCGAUCUGUAAUCACUACUGAGGGGAACCAGAUGGUUUCUGAAGGCCCUGGGAGUCAGCAGCCAGUGAGCCGGGCAUCGCCUAGGGUGACUGGUGCCUCUGCUCGACUUGAGCCUGCUGUCCCCACAGUGUCCUCGGCCUGGGGGGGCUGUGUGGAGGUGGACUCAGAGACUGAGGCUGUGUAUGGGAUGACCUUCAAAAUACUGUGCAUCUCGUGCAAGCGUCGAAGUGAGACCACCGCAGAGACCUUCACCGAGUGGACCUUUCGCCAGAAGGGCACUGAGGAGUUUGUUAAGAUCCUGCGCUACGAGAACGAGGUGCUGCAGCUGGAGGAAGACGAGCGCUUCGAGGGCCGCGUGGUGUGGAAUGGCAGCCGGGGCACCAAGGACCUGCAGGACCUGUCCAUCUUCAUCACCAAUGUCACCUACAACCACUCAGGUGACUACGAAUGCCAUGUCUACCGCCUGCUGUUCUUUGAGAACUAUGAGCACAACACCAGCGUUGUCAAAAAGAUCCACCUUGAGGUGGUGGACAAAGCCAACAGAGACAUGGCGUCCAUCGUGUCGGAGAUCAUGAUGUACGUGCUCAUCGUGGUACUGACCAUAUGGCUCGUGGCAGAGAUGGUUUACUGCUAUAAGAAGAUCGCGGCUGCCACGGAGGCCGCUGCGCAAGAGAAUGCCUCGGAGUACCUGGCCAUCACCUCUGAAAGCAAAGAGAACUGUACGGGCGUCCAGGUGGCCGAAUAGCCCUGGUCCUGGGCUCCGCCCUGAUGGGGGACAGCCUGCCCCCAGAGGGGGCUGGCCAUUCCUGGGCCUCCACGAGCCUCAGAGUCCUGCCAACAGAGCCGCCAGGGAGGGAGGGGCAGGGGGACUGGCUCGGCUCACACCCCAACUCGGCCUUCUUUCCUCCUGCCCCUUGCCCACCCACCGCCAUGCAUGAUGGGUAAAGCAAUACUGCCGCUGCCCCUCCCCCUGCUUCUGCUGCCUGUUUGGGGAGGGGUCGGUGAGGCGGGGGCAGCGGCUCCGCACCUCUUCUUCUUGCUGAUUUGCACACAUCGGCCGCUUUGGACGUGCACUGCUGGGCCCAGCCUGUCCCUGCCCCGUCCCUGCCCGGCCCCGGGGGGGAAGGGGUCGUGAUGGGCUGGAACAGUUUGGGGCAGGUGGUUCUGGUACCCACUGCGACCCCAGCAUCAUUUCCCCUCCUGCUUCCUCCGGCUGGACCUGGGGUCCCCUGUCCCUGUAAUGCACUCAUGCCCCGGCCCCACCCGCCCUCUCUCACCAGCCUUGGAUCGUGGCCACUUAGAAAGGGGCCCAUUCUGCCUCGUCUCUCUUUACAGAAGUAGUUUUGUUCAUGAAAUAAAGAUUCUUGGACUUGA